CCGCUCCCCGCCUGCUCCCGGAGGCCACAGCCUCCCGCUCCGCUCGCUCUCUCGCCGCUCCCGCCGCUCCCGCCGGCUCGCCCGGCCCCGCGCUCCGCUGUCUCCUCGCCGCCCGCGCCUCCGCCAGCCCCGGGGACCGCGCGGCCGGAGCCGGAGCCAGGGCCCCCUCCCUCGUCAGGGCCGGGGCAGCGAGCAGGCCGGGGGCAGGUCCGGGCACCCACCAUGCGAGGCGACCUCUGGUUCCUGGUGCUGGUGCUCAGGGAGGCUGCUCGGGCGCUGAGCCCCCAGCCCGGAGCAGGUCACGAUGAGGGCCCAGGCUCUGGAUGGGCUGCCAAGGGGAUCGUGCGGGGCUGGAACCGGAGAGGCCGAGAGAGCCCUGGGCAGGUGUCAGAGCCGGACAGGACCCAGCUGAGCCAGGACCUGGGUGGGGGCACCCUGGCCAUGGACACGCUGCCAGAUAACAGGACCAGGGUGGUGGAGGACAACCACAGUUAUUAUGUGUCCCGUCUCUAUGGCCCCAGUGAGCCCCGCAGCCGGGAACUGUGGGUAGAUGUGGCCGCGGCCAACCGGAGCCAAGUGAAGAUCCACACGAUACUCUCCAACACCCACCGGCAGGCUUCGAGAGUGGUCUUGUCCUUUGAGUUCGCUUUCUACGGGCAUCUUCUGCGGCAGAUCACCAUAGCAACUGGAGGCUUCAUCUUCAUGGGGGAUGUGAUCCAUCGGAUGCUCACAGCUACUCAGUAUGUGGCGCCCCUGAUGGCCAACUUCAACCCUGGCUACUCCGACAACUCCACAGUUGUGUACUUUGACAACGGGACAGUCUUUGUGGUUCAGUGGGACCAUGUCUAUCUCCAAGGCUGGGAAGACAGGGGCAGUUUCACCUUCCAGGCAGCUCUGCACCGUGACGGCCGCAUUGUCUUCGGCUAUAAAGAGAUCCCUAUGUCUGUCCCGGAAAUCAGCUCCUCCCAGCAUCCUGUCAAAACCGGCCUAUCGGACGCCUUCAUGAUUCUCAAUCCAUCCCCGGAUGUGCCAGAAUCUCGGCGAAGGAGCAUCUUUGAAUACCACCGCAUAGAGCUGGACCCCAGCAAGAUCACCAGCAUGUCGGCCGUGGAGUUCACCCCAUUGCCGACCUGCCUGCAGCAUAGGAGCUGUGAUGCCUGCAUGUCCUCGGACCUGUCCUUCAACUGCAGCUGGUGCCAUGUCCUCCAGAGAUGCUCCAGUGGCUUUGACCGCUAUCGCCAGGAAUGGAUGGACUAUGGCUGUGCACAGGAGGCAGAGGGCAGGACAUGCGAGGACUUCCAGGAUGAGUACCACAACUCGGCCUCCCCUGACACUUCCUUCAGCCCCUAUGAUGGAGACCUCACCACUACCUCCUCCUCCCUCUUCAUCGACAGCCUCACCACAGAAGGAGCCAAUGUACGUGACGUGGAGCCCCAGCAAGAUGGCAGCUGGGAACCAGCCCUUGAUGACACCAAGUUGAACCCCUAUGCAGGAGGAGAUGGCCUUCAGAACAACCUGUCCCCCAAGACAAAGGGCACCCCUGUGCACCUGGGCACCAUCGUGGGCAUUGUGCUGGCAGUCCUCCUCGUGGCAGCCAUCAUCCUGGCUGGAAUUUACAUCAAUGGCCACCCCACAUCCAACGCUGCGCUCUUCUUCAUCGAGCGUAGACCUCACCACUGGCCAGCCAUGAAGUUUCGCAGCCACCCCGACCAUUCCACCUAUGCAGAGGUGGAGCCCUCGGGCCAUGAGAAGGAGGGCUUCAUGGAGGCUGAGCAGUGCUGAGAACACCAGGUCUCCCUUGUGAAGACUUUGAGACCACAGAAAAGACAGUUAAAGCAAAGAAGAGAAGUGACUUUUCCUGGCCUUUCCCAGCAUGCCCUGGGCUGAGAUGAGAUGGUGGUUUAUGGCUCCAGAGCUGCUGCUCGCUUCGUCAGCACGCCCCGGAUAUUGAAGAGGGGGCCAAAAAACAACCACAUGGAUUUUUUUAUAGGAACAAUAACCUAAUCUCAUCCUGUUUUGAUGCAAGGGUUCUCUUCUGGGUCUUGUAACCAUGAAACAGCAGAAGAGCUAACAUAACUAACUCCAUUUUUGUUUAAGGGGCCUUUACCUAUUCCUGCACCUAGGCUAGGAUAACUUUAGAGCACUGAGAUAAAACGCAAAAACAGCAACCACGCCAUUUGCAAAACUAACUCUGGGAUUAAAGGGGAAGCAUGUAAACAGCUAACUAUUUUUGUUAAAGAUUUAUAGGAACGAGGAGGUUUGGCUGUUGUCACACGAGAGACUGUUAGCCAAUGACAAAGAAGUUCUGCAAACCUCCCCUGGACCCUUGCUGGUGUCCAGAUGUCUGUGGUUGUCAGCCCCUUCCUUUCCCCCUGACCUAAACAGAAAAGACAAGGCAAAACCCACAUAAUUUUAAGACAGUUCUUUAGGACAUUAGUCCACCAUCUUCUUGGUUUGCUGGCUCUCCGAAAUAAAAUACCUUUCCUUGCUCCAA